AUUUUUUACCGUUAAUGGGAACCCUCUGUUUCCUGUCGCUAAUCCACGCCCUAAUCCAAUCAAAUACCUUCCCUCUUAUCCCAUGAGCCCUGACUUUAUUUAACCCUAUAUUGCCCAGCAUGACGAAUUCGUCAUGUAACUUUCUAUUGACUCAGCACUGGAGAGAAUUGCUGUAGUUGUUUCUGUGGCAGGUCUGACGAAUUAGUCUAGUCUCCCUCUUUAAAAAAAUAACACUUGGUAACUGAUUGGCUCUGCAUUUGGGCACCAAACCUCAGUCAGCUGAUGGACACAAAACAAGAUGAGAAGGUGAAGAGUUUCUCCUCACAUUUUCGAUCAUGGAUGAGUUAUUAGGUAUGUGAAUGGUCCUUUAUAUUUUUUUUCUGAAUCACAAAUAGUUCUAGAUGAUUAGAAAUAAUUUGGUUUAUCAUUUUGUGUUGAAACUAUGAUUUCUUGAGCAAUUAUAUAAUGGUGACGAAUUCGUCAUAUUAGUCACAUGGAUACUGACAUGUGAUAUGUGAGGAUAUGAUUCCUGAUAACAGGGGAUGUAGUGUGUUUAUAUAGUCUUACCUGUGGGCCAGGUUACGAGUCCUGUUCAGUUUCUUUUUAUUUUAUAAUAGUUUACGCUCAAACUUAUCCGUUUUCUUUGAUAUAUUUAUAAUUAUGUAAUGGUACACUGAAGUAGGAAUGUAGUGAGUUUUCUUGCAUGAUUUGUUCCUAGUGUUAUCGUUUCUGCUUAUAUUUCCAGGAAUAAAUGCAUCGCUGUUUUACACAAGAGUCAGAAACAGGGAGCUAUGUAGAGAAAACACGGGAAUUGUGCCAAUUGAACAAGAUAAUGGGCUUAGUGAUGAAUCUUCAGACGAGUCUGAUGGGGACAUGGGUGAUGCUGAAUUCGAGUCACCUGAGACAGGUGACAUCGAUCUCGAUGCAGCAGGUGGAGAAAGAGAUCAAGCCAUGCCAGAAGACAGGAUUGGUAAUGAAAGCAUCACUGACGAGACUAUUGUUCUGCAAGUUGAAGAUUUAGAGGUUAUUCAGGAUCCUUCUACUCUUCCACCAACUUCCUCACACACUACGGGCACUAGAGCACAAGCAUCCAAGCCCUCAAGACGCCUGCUGUGGAACAAAGUAUCAGACGGAUCCCCUUCUCCAAUGCCAACAUUCAUCCCUAGUGAUGCUGAAGUCUCAAACAAUAGUGACUCUGAUACAUAUUUAGGAAACCCAGUAUGGUAUUUCAAAAAGUUUUUCACACCAGAAUUCUUAGAUAGUAUAGUCUACCAGUCUAAUCUCUAUGCUUCACAAAAAAAUGUAAACAAACCACUCAACCUUACUAGGGAUGAGCUGGAGCAAUGGCUUGGAUUACUCAUUCAUUUCACCAUAAUCAGAACUCCCCAAACACGCUUGCACUGGUCUGGAGAACUAUUUGGAAGGUAUAGAGACUAUACAGCAAUGGUCAUGAGCAGAAACAGGUGGGAGACUAUAAAAUCAAACUUACAUAUUCCGGAUAAUAAUGAUGAUAUAAACAAUGAUAAGCUUUUCAAAGUCAGACCAAUGUUAGAUCAUUUGAGGAAGGAGUUUCAGAAACUUCCCAUGCAACAAAAUAUCUGCAUUGAUGAGCAGAUGGUGCCCUUCAAAGGAAGGCAUCAGCUGAAGCAGUACCUUCCUAUGAAGCCCAAGAAAUGGGGCUUCAAGAUCUUUGUACUUGCAGACAGUGGGGGUCUCAUUCAUGACUUCAUUCCUUACACAGGCUCUAUUCAACCUUUGAAUAAAAAAGGUAUUCCAGACCUUGGUGCAUCUUCAAACAUAGUGUUGCACUUGGCUGAGACAAUACGAAACAAUAGCAACCAUGUCCUUUAUUUUGACAAUUGGUUCACUUCAGCUCCACUUGUAAAACAUCUGGCUGGUAGAGGCAUCUGGUGUUGUGGGACAGUUAGGCCAUGCCGGCUUCCAGGGCUAAAAUUAUCUUCAGAUGCUGACAUGAAGAAGAAAGGUAGAGGCACACAUGAGGAAUGGAAGUCGUCUGGUGAUGACAGAGAAGUGACAGUAGUCAAAUGGUUGGAUAAUAAAGGCGUGACCUUGCUGUCCACCUUUGCUAACAGUCAUCCAUCUCAUACUGCACAACGGUAUGACAAAACAAUGAAGAAAGUAAUAGAGAUCCCACAAAUAUAG